AUGGGAAACGCUCUUAAAGAGAGUAUGUACCACGUGCUCUGGCCUAUUUCCGACCCAGCGUCUCGCAGAUGUGCAACACGUGCGCUUGCUUCUGAUUGGCUAGUCUUCGCAUUCGCCCUCUCGCUUAUGGUGAUACCGGCAACCGCCUUGGAUGAGCCACGCCCGCCGCACCAAAUCGCCUACGGCCAGUACCAUGCCCCUGAAGCACUGGUAGGCCUAUGUACGGCGGCCAUCGUCCUGUUCGCAGAUCGCAUUAUCGCUUAUUCCAGUCUACUGAUUGGUCCCUCCAUGGGCGUUACCAGCGUCUUGUGGCUUAUGAUGCGCAAUGACGGUGCCAUCAGCCCCGGAUCGUCCUGGAUGGUCUUUGGAGUGUGGUCCGUAUCAAUUGGAACGUACUUGAUCAUCCACUGCCAUCGUGUGGCCAAUCACCAUCUAUUUGUCUUGUUGACCAUCGCGGUAGCCGUUGUUUGUAUGUAUCUUGUCGCGAAUGUCCAGGCGACGACAUUGCAAGGCGGUCUGGCGACAGCGAUACCAACAUGUGCAUCCUUUGCCGCAUACACCGUGGCUUAUUUCUUCCCGAAGAAGACCAUCGGGCAUUUGGAAGAAAGAGAUGCGAUGGCGUGA